CUGCGCGCUGGCGGCUGGGCAAUGGCGGCGCACGAGGAACCCGUGAGGCGGCGGAGGGCGGGCGUCAGGGACGCGGCCCCGGACGCCGGCCCGGGCCCCGGGCGCGAGCUCGCGGGCUGCCGCGGCCGCCUCCGCGAGGGCACCUUCUGGCUGACGAGAGUCGUGCUCCUGCGGGCUCUGGCGUUCGUCUACAGUGUGGCCUUCCUGGUGGCACUGUGUCAGAACAAGCAGCUGAUCGGUGAGCGAGGACUGCUGCCCUGUCACCUCUACCUGCGGCAGCUGCAGCAGCACUUCCGCACCCAGGUCGGCUGGAAGGCCAUGAGCACGGCGCCCACCCUGCUGUGGCUGCUCGACCCGUCCCACAUGAACUCCAACCUGGAUGCCCUGGCGCUGCUGGGCCUGGGGAUCUCCACCUUCGUGCUGCUGACUGGCUGCGCCAACAUGGUGCUCAUGGCGACCCUCUGGGUGCUCUACACAUCCCUGGUCAACGUGGGACAGAUCUGGUAUGCCUUCGGGUGGGAGGCCCAGCUCCUGGAGACGGGCUUCCUGGGCGUGUUCCUGUGCCCGCUCUGGACGCUGUCCCGGCUGCCGCGAUGGACACCCACACCAUGGGUGGUUGUGUGGGGCUACCGGUGGCUCAUCUUCAGAAUCAUGCUGGGAGCGGGCCUGAUCAAGCUUCGUGGGGACAAGUGCUGGUGGAACCUGACCUGUAUGGACUUCCACUACGAGACGCAGCCAGUGCCCAAUCCCAUGGCCUACUUCCUGCACCACUUGCCAUGGUGGUUCCACCGCUUGGAGGCACUCAGCAACCACUUUCUGGAGCUCGUGGUACCCUUCUUCCUCAUCCUGGGGCGGCGGAUGUGCGCCCUGCAUGGGGCUUUGCAGACUCUUUUUCAGGUGAUUCUUAUUCUCAGCGGCAACCUGAGCUUCCUAAAUUGGCUGACCAUGGUGCCCAGCAUUGCCUGCUUUGAUGAUGCUGCUCUGGGCUUCCUGUUCCCCUCAGGACCUGGCAGCCUCAAGGACCAGGUCCAGAAGAUGCAAGAGGAGGCCCGGGGUGACAGGCCCCCACCUAGAUAUAGCUGUGCGGUGCGGCGCGUGGUCAACCUUGCCCUGGGUCUCCUCGUGGCUGGGCUCAGCAUCCCCGUCGUCAUCAACUUGCUGAGCUCCAGGCAGGUCAUGAACAGCUCCUUCAACACACUCAGAAUUGUCAACACCUACGGGGCCUUUGGGAGCAUCACCAAGGAGCGCACAGAGGUGGUCCUGCAGGGCACGGCCAGUAACAACGCCAGUGCACCUGACGCCCUGUGGGAGGAGUACGAGUUCCCCUGCAAGCCAGGCAGCCCGUGGCGCCGGCCCUGCCUUGCCUCGCCCUACCACCACCGUCUGGACUGGCUCAUGUGGUUUGCUGCCUUCCAGACCUAUGAGCAGAAUGAGUGGAUGCUGCACCUGGCAGGCAAGCUCCUGGUCAACGACCCCGAAGCCACCUCCCUGCUGGCUCACAACCCCUUCCAGGGCCGGGCCCCACCCAGGUGGGUCCGAGGAGAGCACUUCAAGUAUAAGUUCAGCCGGCCGGGAGGCGUGCACGCGGCUGAAGCCAAGUGGUGGAUCCGCAAGAGGAUCGGCACCUACUUCCCGCCGCUCAGCCUCCUGGACCUCAAAGGCUACUUCCAGUCCCGGGACUGGCCGCAGCCAGAGCUGCAGUCUGGCAGAGCUGCAGCUAAGGAGAAAUAAAGGGACUUCACCC